GUACAAGCGGGGAACACAAAUGGAAUAUGGCGGAGAAUGGGUCGUUUUUACGCUUAAAGUUGAGGUCGCAAAUGCGGCCACAGAUCAGCAAUGAUGUCCAAACAAAUACCAUACAUUUAUCAGAAUCUGCAUCACAAAAAAAAACUGCUGCACAAAGGUCAAAGAAUUACAGGGACAAAAUAAAACAAGACCCUGAAAAAUAUAUUGCAUACUUAGAAAGAGAAAAAGAACGAAAUAGAAAAUGGAGGGAAAAUUGGUCUUCUGAACAAAAAAUCAAUCAGAGGGAAAAAACGAGGUUACGAGUACGUAAAUGGGGAGAAGAAAGAAAACCAGAGGAAAUUGUUAAAUUAAAAAAAAAACCUAAACCAAAAACACGUGCACAAGUAAGUUCAGAAAGAGAAUACUGGCAGAGAAAAAAAGAAGAACAACGAGCAAAGUACUCAAGCCAAAAGAGAAGAAGAAUUAAUGAAAAAAGGCGGUUGCAAUACAAAUUGAAUAAAUCCAAGAGCACAACUGAAAACCUAAUGCCAGCUGAAUCAACAGAAACUCACCAAGGGUAUUCAACAAAGGAAGCAGAAAGAAAGGCUGUGUACAGAGCCUCGUUGCAUCUACCUUCAUCACCUGAAAAGUUUGCAUCUGUAGUUGGGGGGUUGACUGCUAAGGCAACUCCAAGAAAAAGAGAAGCAUUGACCAAACAUGGCCUUUUACUGACACCAACAAAAAAAAGACAUCUUAGGAUAAGCCAAGAAAUAAUCUGCAAGAUGAAAGAUGAUUUGCAUAAAACCAGAAAACAUCGCACUAAGGAGGUUUUAAAGAAAAGAAGACUUUUAACUAGCUUCAUACUUAAAGAUGCUGAAAAGAGAAAGGCUGGCAUUUCUUGGAAAUUUGCAGUUAAAUGUUCAAAACUUAAAGAUGUAUGGGAAGAAGAUUCUGAAACACCAAAAAGAAGUGAUGCUUUGACAGAAGAUACAAUUGACAAGAUAGAAAAAUUCUACAAAGAUUUUGACACUGUAUGUCUGCCGGAUAAAAAACAGGCAUCAUUGAAAUCUGAAGAACCAAAAAGAAUCUUGCAGAGCAGUUUAAGGGACAACUACAAUGAAUUCUUUAAAGAAAACCAAGAAUAUUCACUUCAGUGA